AUGCCGGUGUUUUGUUUGGUUUCUUCAUCUUGUGCCGCCCUGCGGUGCACGCCAUCGUCACUCCCCCAAGAGCUCUUGUUGUUGAGCUCACGCCAAUCUACCCGGUUGCACUCCGUCUGCUCCCGCGAGGAGGGUUGCACCGCCCUCCAUUCGCAGCGGCUGUUCGCGGCUUGA